CAAUGACGAUACUGAUUUUCUUAGCGAUGCAGUUUACUACUAACUGUCUUCGAGUUAGCAUACCUACGUUUCUAUUUGUCUAUAAAACAUUGUUUAUGUUAGCAGUGCUUAUUUGAUUAAAAACCCAACAAUAAGAUGUUGAAAAAUACAAUAUAGUUACGACAUUAUGUAUUCAUGCAUUAGUUAGUUGCGAUUGUUACACGUAACGGAUUAUACACAAAUCCACAGUCAAACUUACAUACAGUAAGUGUAAUAGUUGAAACUUUAAAUCAACUUUGAAAUAAAAAAGAAAAUAUUUAAGUUGUUUCUAACUACACGUCAGAAUGUUUCGAUUGAAAUAUUUCGCUGUGAAAGUAAAUAUAAUCGUGUGAAAUACGUUUGACAUACAACAAACACGCUGUUUUAGAUGUAUGUAAAUGAAGAAAAUAAGAAAAUUGUAGCAUCCAGUUCAAUUAAAGCAUGAAGUGAAAUUUAUUUAUGAAUUUACAUAUAUCCUAUGUUAAUGAUGAAAGGAGCCUAACGCAAAUUUAAUAAAAAAUAAAUAUAUGCUUGAAUUAGAUUGUCACUGAAGAAGAAACCGCUUUAACUUGGUUUUGGCUUACUUAAUCUCUAUACUAUUGCAUUAAAAUCUGAACGGAAGUGUUUCAUAGUUCGGCCAAUGUCGCAUGUUUCUUUCCAACAUACAUACAUAUUUUUAGAUCGGUCCGUCGAAAAGCAUCGCGUGGCCAUCAGACGAUCUGUUAGACACAAUAAUGACGAUCCGUGUGUAUGUAUAUACUUACACGUGUCAUUAACAUUUGACCGACUGGACGGACCGUAAACUUUAAGUUGGACUGUUGGCAUGAAAUUGAAAAAAUAUACAUAUUUAGGAUACAUUGGCUAUUUAAGGAACAAGCAUUAACAGAUAAUACUUAUUGUCAGUCUAAAAUUGCAAUUGUGAUGUACUAUGAAACCUCGUAUGAAACGAGUGUUUACUCAGACGAGAUCUACCAUGGAUAUUAUGUAGAUCAGUGAUUGUUCCAUUCAACAAAACACUAUACCACUGAAUUGAUUAGUGUCUGAGAUUGAAAAUAAAAAAAAGACGGUAACUUACAUUAACGAUGAAAAGGAAGAAAUUAUUGCUAAUCUCACGAGGAAAUUACUUUGAUUACGAAACUGAUAAGAACUGAAUAAAGGAUGACGGUCUCGUACCAAUAUCAAGUCGCUAACUCAACGAGGGGUGGAUUCACCAGGCUACUUUUUAUGUGGAGAGGCUCACUCUACAAGCUUAUCUAUAGAGAACUCUUCCUGUUUUUAACUCUUUUCGCCGCACUUUCCGCUAUUUAUCGUUACUUGCUGAAUUCCAAGCAGAAAAAAGAAUUCGAGCAAAUUGUUAUUUACUGCGAUAACUUCAUCAAUUUGAUUCCAUUAAGUUUUGUUCUUGGAUUCUACGUAUCAUAUGUCGCUCAAAGGUGGUGGCAACAAUAUCAAGCAAUACCUUGGCCUGAUAAAGUGAUGCAUUUAAUUGCAUUAUAUGUUACGGGAAACGACAAUUACGCUCGUAUGCUUCGAAGGAGUAUGAUGCGUUAUUUGAACCUUUCCCUAAUAUUAGUUUUACGUUCGAUCAGUUCGGCAGUUAAGAAACGUUUCCCAACGCUUGAUCAUGUUGUUGAUUCUGGUUUCAUGACGUCCUUAGAGUUAGAAUUAUUUCUGGCAGUACCAAGUUCAGAAUUUAAUACCUACUGGAUCCCGUGUACAUGGUUUAUCAAUCUUUUGAAAGAUGCACGUCAAAAUCAGAGAACUCCUGAUCCUCAAGGAUUAAAAUUAAUCAUGGAAGAAUUUUGUGAGUUUCGUACUAAAUGCGGCAUGUUAUGGAGCUACGAUUGGAUAUCAAUCCCUUUAGUUUAUACGCAAGUAGUAACGCUAGCAACAUACAGUUUCUUUGCUGUGGCUUUAAUAGCUCGUCAAUAUAUUGAUGGCAAGGAAAAACAAUUUCAACUGCAAAUUGACGUAUAUAUUCCUGUUUUUACCAUUCUGCAAUUCUUCUUUUUCAUGGGCUUGUUAAAGGUGGCAGAACAAUUAAUUAAUCCUUUCGGUGAUGACGACGAAGACUUUGAACUCAACUGGAUAAUUGAUCGUCAUACAAAGGUAUCUUAUCUUGGAGUCGACACGCUAAUGAAUCGAUGUCCACCUUUGGUUAAAGACAUUUACUUCGACGAUGAAAAUCUGAUUUUACCAUAUACUGAAGCAGCAGCUGCUUAUAAAAAGAAAACGUAUCGUGGUAGCGUGGCGAAUAUGACAGUCCCUGAAGAAAAGCAAACUAUGUUUUUACCAGAUGUUAUAGAAGAAAACGAAGAAGAUGUAAAACCCUCGCUUCAUACGUCAACCAUGAGUUUAGCCACUCACAAUGAAAGCCCAUCCAGUCAAAGGCGCCAGAUCAGCUCGCGCGCUGAAACACCUACAAAAACUGAUGAAACUUGUUCAGAGACAAUUGUACAGUUUGAUAUUCAAGAAUCGCCAUCGCGAAUAGAACAAGCAGAACAACGAUUUAAAUUAACAGAGACUAUGAGAAAAGUUUCAUCUCUAGGAAGACAUUCAAUAUCGCAAAGUGAACACACUCGAAAACCAUUUUUUACAUUAACGAAAAGUCCUAAAAUGCAACCUGGCUCGAGUACCUCCAAUUUAUCAAAAACUAGCAGACAAAUCAUCGACACUCCUACGGUAUAUAUCAGCGAAGAAAAUCCAUGGGGAGAAUAUACUUCACACGUUUUGCAUCCACCCUCGUUAGAAGCGCUUUCAGACCAGUUUUCAGAGACAGGAAAACAAUGUGGUUUCGAAAAUACACAGUUACCUGAUACUUUCAAUCUAGACACAAGCGAUAGUUCUCAUUCAGACACGUGUCAAUUGCAGUGUCAUCAUACGAACAUGUGCCCCUUAAGACCAUCGGAUAUCAAUUUAUCAAUUCCAGCAAAAGCAGCCACACCAAAAGCCAAAAGUCCCAAGUAUCUCGUAAGAAGACACAAGUCUCUGGAGGCUGGUAAAAAGAAAGGUAUUCAAUGGAAGAAAAUUAUUAAGACCUAUCGAAAAGAAAAGCCGGAAGAUAUACUGGUAGUAGAAGAAAUGAUACCUUACACAAGAAGCUCACCAAAUUUGAAACAUUUGGAUAAGUGUUCACAGACUCCGGUAAAAGAUACAUCUGAUGACGAUAUGGGCUCACCUUCGAAGAAAGAAUAAUUUAUUGAAUUGUAAUUACACAUACAUAAACACCAUAGAGUAUUCAAAACUAAUGGUAUAAAACAUAAAAAUACUUCCCAUAUGUUUCAUAAAAAUUCGAUUAAUUACGUA